UAAUGGACAAUUACAUAAAACUAAAAGAAAAAUUGUAAAAUAAAGCCAUAUAUUGUUUAGAUUAUUUAAAAAGCCUGUUAGUGAUAAUGCUGAAAACAGAUAUUGGAAUAGCUUUAAUUAAGUGUUAGAAAAAUAACAUAAUUAAUCAAUAAAAGCUAUUAGUGCCUCUAAUAAUAUCAAAUAAAGAAUAGCUAUAGCAAAUGGCAAUACAGUAGAAAUUUUUAGUACAAAUAAAAAUUAAAUCACAUAAACUUUGAGUAGAUUCAAAACUUAAGUUCUUUCGCUUUAAUUAAGAUGUGAUUCUCAAUUAUUAGCAACCUCACAUGAAGACGGAUUAGUAAAUAUUAUGAACCUUAAGACAAAAACAUCUCUAAGGCAAUUCAAGAAUUUCAAGAAACCAGUGCAUACAAUCAGCUUUAACAAUACAGAUUAAUUAUACGCAGCUGGAGAUGAUGGAGUAAUUAUUAUUAUAAUUUUAGACAAUAAAACUUUUUGAUAUACCAAAUGAUAUGGUGAUUAGAAGCAUACCCAAUGCUCAUAAUGAUUUUAUUAGAUGCAUAGCUGGAUAUGAAGAAUAAUAAUUAUUGUCUUCAUCCUAUGAUAAAUCUAUUAAAUUGUAUGAUUUGAGAAGUAGCAGCAAUGACCCAAUUAAGUCCUACUUAACAAAUUAUCCAAUCGAAUCUAUUUUGAUAUUACCAAAUAAGUUGAAUUUUAUUUCUGCAUAAGAUUAAUUUACAACACUGUGGGAUUUCAGAAAAGACAAUUUUAUUUAAGAAUUACAUACUAAUCAGUAGACUGUUACUUCUUUAUCCUUAGCUUAUUAUCAUGAUUAAAUUAGAAUUAUUACAGGAUCUUUAGAUCAUUAGGUUAAAUUUAUAAGACCUGAUAUUUUAACUGUUACUCAUUAAUUAAAAUGGAAAAGUCCCGUAAUGACCUUGGAUGUCUCUUAAGAUGGAUUUAAUAUAGCUAUUGGAGGAAGUGAUGGUUAAUUGCAAAUAAAUCAAUUAAAACCUUCAAAAAAUGAUGAAGACAUAGAAGAAGAAGAAGAUUACAUUCCUGAAUAUUUAAAGUCUAAUCCACAUUUAUAAAGAAGAAUAAAAAAUUAUAAAUUUUAUAAUAGAGGCAUCUAUUCUAAACUAGCUGAUUAUGAUUUUAAAGUUCCAACAACGCAAAUUUAAAAAUUUUCAGGUUAUGAUAAAUUAUUAGUCACUUUUAAGUAUAAGGAAGCAAUUUUAAAGGUAAAUUUCAAAUACAAUAUAGGCAUUUAAAGAAAAGAAAACUUCAAUAAUACUCAGUCUUGUAGAAGAAUUAUCUGAAAGAGGAGCUUUAGAAGUGGCAUUAAAGGAUAUCGAUGAUGAAGAAUUAUAGAUGAUUUUACAAUUUAUUUUGUAAAAGAUGUCAAAUCCUAAAUACUCUCAUUCCAUGUUACAUUUAUUAGAUAAAUUAGUUGGUAGUAUAUUAAGCAAAAUUUUAGAUUUAUACAACAUUGGCGAUAUUUAUGAAUAAGUAAAAGAGGAGUUAUAAAUUCAAAGAGAAUUAGAAAUUUUGAAAGGAAUGAUUGUGAUCUGA